GGACUGGGGAUUAAUACAAAGAGUAGGAAAAACAGUCCGACAUUGCAAUUUUUAAAGUGACUUUAUAAAUCAUGAUUUCGUAUGAUGAAUCUGCUUCAUCUCAAAUUAAUUUUGAUUCUGCGAAACUUUAUUGAUUCUUGAAAGUAAUAGCACCGGGUUCUGUGGAAGAUAGAAUGGACGCAAACCAGAUGGGUUGUGAAUUUGCAGACAGUGCUUUAGAAACAAAUAUACAUUCCAAGGAUAAUUCUACAGCCCCGGAAGAUGACGAAACUGACUAUCCAGAAGAUCUUGAAAGUGCCGUGAAGUCAAUGGGCAUUGAAGUACCAAUUGAAUACAGUAUGGAGGAGCUUGACUAUGUUAUCUACCAUAGUGACAAAGACAUUGACUUGGCUGAAGAUUUAAACAGGCAGAUACAACUGAUUGGGAAGAGUUACAACAUUAAUGGAAGUUUAUAUCAGAACCAUUCCACAGAAAUUCAAUCAAAUUUAAUAUCGGCUGAACACAUGGUCAACCGAAGCACAUUUAUACUCAUGAUAGUCUCGGAAAAUUUUACUGAAGACAUAUGGAUGGACAUGCACAAAGAUGAGGUCCUGACGGUCACAAUGAUUGAUCCCACAAAGAGGUGGUGUCUCAUACCCGUUUUUACCAAACCCAAAUCUGAAUUCAAAAGAUUACCAUACGGAAUGUUAGGACUUAAAGGAAUAUACCCAAAUGAAGAUUAUUUUGAAUACUCUGUUCAUACUCUCUUCGGUGGUCCCAGAGCCAAAGCUCUCAAGGAAGAAAGGAUUGAGGCUCGACAAAAAAAUAAAAUGGCUUGGCUCAAGAAGGCGUUCGUCAGGGGACCGGACAUUUGUGACCCGCUCAAAAAUGGAUCCGUCCCUGGACAUUUAGCGAACAUGCAAUGUCGUAUUGACUCGCACGAAGUCCGACUUAAUGACAUUGAAGAACAUCUUGAAUCAAUGACAUAAAUUAUUUCGAAUGAGAAAAUAAUAUAGUAUAGGAUUAAUAUAAAUAAUAGGGAGUUUAACCUUGCAUAUAAAACAGAGGGGGCCAACCUACACACCUCGCGUAGUGUGCGGGGGCGAGUGAACUCAAAAAUUCUUUCACAAUAAUUACAAUUAGCAUUUUUCUAUCCAUUCUGACUACUUUUCAAGUCAUUUCGGGCUAUUUAAAAUCAAAUGUGAAACGCCUGGAAUUUUUUGAAAAGUGAUC